AUGACUUCGCGCUGGGUACUUUUUACAUUAUUAUUAUGCCUGGCAGUUUUCGAAGGAUUACUAAUAACAAUGCUCUCUCACUGGCCCUCAGUGUUAGACACCUCGAAAACCAGAAUUCAAGAAGCUUUGUAUGUUAGUUCGCCCGUGGCGAGCUCCGCUUACCUAUUUCAGCCAAGACAACCGAGGAAACUUCUUUUGGUUGUGGCUGUACUCUCUCAUGCAGCGCGAAAAGCCAGACGGGACGCUAUCAGAGAGACGUGGUUUUCCGAUUGUAGACAAAGAACAGAUGACGUUUUCUGCGCUUUUUUUACGGAUCAAGCAGGUUUAGACAACGAAACGAGUAGCUCAGUUAGGAAGGAAAGCCAGGAAAAUAACGAUUUAGUUUUUCUUGAGGUAGAAGGUAAGUCUGGCGUGGUUGUUUCAAUGAGAUCCUAACAUAAAAAAUACAUACGUCACCUCUACUUAAACCUCACUAGUUACGCGGGAUCUUUUUAGUGGAGACAGCUGACAUUUCAGAGUACAGUCUCUCUAAGGACACCUUUGGGACUGGCACUAGCUGUCCGUCUUAGAGAGAUGUCCGUCUUAUAGCAAGUCAAAUAUAGGGAGCAAAGAAAGGCAGGGAUCAACUCUAGGUGUCCGUUUUACAGAGGUGUCCGUCUUAUAGAGGUGUCCGUCAAGAGAGAGUUGACUGUAAUACAACUAAUACAAAAAUUUAGUCAUAUGUAGUAAAGUCACAUAUACGCUCUUGAUAUAAUGCAGUUCUCUGUCUUCUCUACCUUGCUCUUUCUCACUGCAGAUAAUCUCGCCUUCGCUGAGCGGCUUCUUCAGGCCAUAGCGUGGUCUUUUCAAAGACUGAAGUUUGACUUUUUUCUACGAAUAGACGAUGAUCAUUUUCUUUGCCUGGAUCGUCUUCUGUACGAGUUGAACUACCGACCAAAACAAGCUCUAUACUGGGGAUUCGUCCACUGUAGGCCGAAAAUCGUCCGCGUAGACGAGGCGUGGCUUAUGUUGACUCGUGACUUGAUCGAGGAAAUCUUGGAGAAGAGAAACUCCACACUACUUUGCUCUCCGUACGGCGACCAAGCUGUUGCCAUUUGGAUGGGAAAUAGCUCUAAAAAUGUGACAUAUUUCAUGGACAAUCAUCGGAUAGUGCAUAAAAGUGCGGGCAAAGAUCAAAAGUUCUUUACGAAAGAUGUUUGUAUGAAAUACUUAAGCCUCCAUGGAACUUAUCCCAAGGCUAUGAGACAGUUGUGGUUGGUAGCAAGCGUGUUUCGUCAAAGGACCCCGGAAGCUAUCGCGUAUACUGUUAAUAAGAUAGAGCCAUUUGAUAAACUAUGUCCUCACUCUCCCCGGUUUGAUUACCGUGGGUUUAUACCCGAAUAUCAGUUUAAGCCUAAACCCUGCUAUGAAAAUCCCAAGUGGGCUUUGUCCAAAGAGAGACAUGUUGGACGAGAGGAAACUGGGGAGAGAUAUUCAUCGUACAGGAGAUAA